GGAGCCGGCUCCGAGCGUGGCAAGGAAGGCAAGCCAGGAAGCAGGCAGCGCGGUGCGGGAAGCGGCGCCGAGCCGGUGAACCAUGCAGGCGAGCUCCAAGCAGGCGGUGCAGGCGGCGGCGCAGGAGCUGCUGAAGUUUGUGACGCGGAGCCCCUCCCCUUUUCAUGUGGUGGCUGAGUGUCGGAGCCGCCUGCUUCAGGCUGGCUUCCAGGAGCUGAAGGAAACAGAACACUGGGAUAUUCAGCCUGACCGGAAGUAUUUUGUGACCAGAAACUACACCACUUUGGUUGCCUUUGCUGUGGGGGCCCAGUUCCAGCCAGGCAAUGGCUUUAGUGUGAUUGGAGCCCACACGGACAGUCCCUGUCUGCGGGUGAAGCGCUGCUCUAAGCGUGUCCAGGAGGGCUCAGUCCAGGUGGCUGUGGAGACCUAUGGGGGUGGCAUCUGGAACACCUGGUUUGACCGUGACCUCUCUGUUGCUGGAAGAGUCAUUAUCAAGGACUUGGCCACAGGACGGCUGGAGCAGCAGCUGAUGAGGGUGGAGCGCCCCAUUCUCCGCAUCCCACACCUGGCCAUUCACCUCCAGCGCAAUAUCAAUGAAAGCUUUGGGCCAAACACCGAGCACCACCUGGUCCCAAUUCUGGCCUCAGAAGCCCAGGAGGCACUGGAGAAGGAAGUUUCCAUGACUGACAGUGCCUGUGCCUCGUCUUUUCAGCAGAAUCGCCACUCUCCAGUCCUGGUGUCCCUUAUCUGCUCCCAGCUGGAGGUGAAACCUGAGCAGGUGGUAGAAAUGGAGCUGUGUCUGGUGGAUACGCAGCCUCCGGCACUAGGUGGCGCCUUCAAUGAAUUUAUAUUCUCCCCUCGCCUGGACAACCUCCACAGCUGCUUUUGUGCCCUGCAGGCUCUGAUUGAAUCUACGGAAAAGCCUGGUGCACUGGCCCAGGAGCCAAAUGUACGACUGAUUGCACUUUAUGACAACGAAGAGGUUGGGUCAGAAAGUGCACAAGGGGCUGCAUCCCUCCUGACAGAGCUGAUCCUUCGGCGCAUCUCGUCUUCGCCCCAAAACCUGACAGCAUUUGAGGAAGCGGUACCAAAGUCCUGCAUGAUCAGCAUGGACAUGGCCCAUGCGGUGCACCCCAACUACUCGGACAAGCAUGAUAAAAACCACCGCCCAGAGUUCCACAAGGGGCCUACAAUCAAAGUGAACAGCAACCAGCGGUAUGCUUCUACGGCUGUCACUGAGGCACUGAUCCGUGAGAUUGGCAGUCGUGUGGGUGUCCCCCUGCAAGAGUUCAUGGUUCGGAACGACUCUCCCUGUGGCACAACCAUUGGGCCCAUCCUGGCCUCCCGCCUUGGCAUGCGUGUCCUGGAUAUGGGCUGCCCGCAGCUGGCCAUGCACUCCAUCCGGGAGAUGUGCUGCACCUCGGGGGUCCUUCAGUCCAUCACUCUUUUGAAGGGCUUCUUUGAGUGGUUUCCCAUGCUGGAUCAGGAACUGAUGAGCAACUGACAAGCACCUCAAAUGCAGGAAGAGGCGUCUCUCCCCGACUCCCCAUCACCUUCGUUAGGCUGGAUAACAAUUAAAAUAUUCACACAUA